UGAGUGUUCCCGAGUCCGUACACUAUCUCGUCUAUGAAAAAGAGUAGCGUCCUGGCUAACGACACGUUUUCGUUAAAAUGUAUUAAUUGUUUUUAUAAUAAUAGGUCAGAUUUUCAGUUUGCGAGUGUAUUUGAACAAUAUAAAGUUAUGAAAUAAAACUUAGCAAUGGCUAGAAGUGUAACUCCGUUGCUAAAGUCGUAUUUAAAAUCCAAUCUUAUCAAUCAAGGAUGUCAACACCGAGGGUUUUCUUAUUCAUCUUGCCUGCGGACAGGUCAUUUGAAGUUUUCGGAGCAGGUUAAAGCAGCCAUUGCAGCUAGGCAACCAGUUGUUGCCCUGGAGACAACUAUAGUAACGCAUGGAAUGCCAGCUCCACAGAAUAUCAGAACCGCACUAGAAGUAGAAGAUAUUGUGCGCCAAUCAGGGGCAGUUCCUGCCACUAUAGGGAUCAUUAAAGGACAGGUGUACAUAGGCUUGGAAAGGGACCAGAUAGAGUACCUUGCUGAUCCUGGUACUACUGCUGUGAAAACUUCCCGGCAUGAUCUUGCAUAUGUUCUAUCUCAGGGACUGAAUGGUGGUACCACUGUCUCCGGCACAAUGGUGCUGGCUCACAUGGCAGGCAUACCGGUGUUUGUGACUGGUGGCAUAGGGGGCGUGCACAGAGGGGCUGAGUCAACCAUGGAUAUCAGUGCGGACCUGACUGAGCUUGGCAGGACACCAGUUACCGUGGUAUCAGCAGGGAUCAAAUCAAUCUUGGACAUUGGCCGGACACUGGAGUAUCUGGAGACACAGGGUGUAUGCGUGGCAACUUAUGGAGCGACCAAUGAUUUCCCUGCAUUCUUUUCCCGCUCAAGUGGAUUUAAAGCUCCGUACCAUGUGACAUCACCAUAUCAGGUGGCCUGUAUGAUAGAGAAGAAUCAUGAGCUCGGCCUGCAGUCUGGAAGCCUGAUAGCAGUGCCGAUACCACUGGAGUUUGAUACGCUCGGGCAGGAGAUAGAAACUGUGAUACAGUCUGUUGUAAGGGAAGCUCAAGACAAGGGGAUAAGUGGUAAGGAAGUGACCCCAUACAUCUUGAAGAGAGUGAAUGAUCUAACCCAGGGAAAGUCAUUGCAAGCCAAUAUUCAUCUUAUCAAGAAUAAUGCAGCAGUUGGCAGUGCUAUAGCUGUAGAAUUAAACAAGUUGAAACAAAUGAAGGGAGGAAACUCUUCAAAUGUCAAAGAAACAUCUGCUACAAAGGGAGAUCAUCAAAAGUAUCAUAAUAUUUCCACUGGAGGAAAAACAGUUUAUCCUACCUUAAGAAACACAGCCAUUACAGCAGAAAAAAAUGUGGAUAGAUCAAGUAAACAAAAAAAAGUUACAGUGGUUGGUUGUUCCAUUGUGGACUUCACAGUAAAGGUGACACAGCCUCAUUUUAAGAGCAAUGGUGCUAGUUACGCUGGCCACAUACAUCAAUCCUUUGGAGGAGUGGGGCGUAACCUUGCAGAUGGGUUGUCAAGGCUGGGCACCGACACACUCUUCCUGUCAGCUGUAGGGGAUGACUCCCAUAGAGCAGCGUUUGAACAGCACUGUAAACAUAUGAACCUAUCAGGUAUUGCCAGGUUACCCGGUCACAGGACAGCGACCUACUGUGCCGUGCUACGGGACACUGGCCACCUACUGUUUGGGGUCCAGGAUACCAAUAUAGCGUCACAGAUUACACCACAAUAUAUAUCCAGUUUUGAGAGGCAACUGGCGAACUCUGACAUUGUAUGUAUGGAUGGCAACAUCACAAUGGAGACCAUAAAGACUUUAUGUGAUAUAUGUAGAGUGAACGGGGUACCAGUGCUGUUUGAGCCCACAGACCUCCUGAAGGCCACCAAGCCCCUCCAGAGCUCCGCCCACACGGCUGUAACCUUGACCACGCCCAACUUCAAUGAGCUCAGGGCCAUGGCAGAGUUCAUCACUGGGAAACAAUAUACUAGUAUAGAAUCAGCAGAUGACUGCAGUUGUUCUGAAGUCAUUGAAGAGUCUUUACGUCUCCUGUCACCGGUGUCUGACCUCAUUCCAGUAACCAUGGUAACAUUAGGUCGCCAUGGCGUCCUUCUGUGUAGCCGUGGAGAUUUCACAAUUGGAAAGGGAUCUUGUGUUCAGAGAGAGGGUGCGGCCACUGUGCGACACUACCCCGCCCUGCCUGUCUCAGACAGUGCACCCAUCGUCAGUGUGUCAGGAGCAGGUGACUGCAUGGUGUCAGCAUUCCUAACGAACCAUCUGGAAGGUUUUGAUCUGGACACUUGUAUGACGUCAGGACUCCAGGCCGCGCACCUGUCUCUCAUGUCCAAUGAGGCCGUGCCGGCCACUAUGUCACGUGACGUUCUGAGAGUGGAGUCACGUGUGAAUUUAACGCUUUAUUCACUUCUAUUAAAGUGACAUGAAUGUUGUUAUAAAUAAUUGACCAAUACAAUAAUUAUGAUCAUAUAAAACAUACUCAGGAAUUCACUGGACCAAUUACUAGUAUGUGAUUCGAUUUCAUUUGUAAACAGUAUUAUUUUGAGUACAGCCGGUGAAAUAAUUCACUAGAAAAGUGGCUUGUGGACCUUUUUCACUAGAAAAGUGGCUUGUGUAUCUGCAUGUAUAAAACUAGAUAAAUAUUAUCAAGAUUUAGUUAAUAAAUAGUGUUUUUUU